AUGAGGGGGUUGUUGGUGUUAGGAGUGAUAUGUUUAGUGACGCUGUGUACAGCCCACGAGGCUGAGGCCGACGACCAGGCUGUGGCGGCCAGCAAACAUGAGCAUGGUGGCGGCCACGAACACCAUGCCCACCACCACCAUGAACAUGGCGGCAAAGGCCACAAGGGACACAAGGGACAUCACCACCAUCACAAGGGUGACGAAGGUCAUCACGGCAAGCACCAUCAUGAAGGCCAUCACCACGAACACGGAGGCGGUCAUAAGAAACAUUGGGACGAACACGAUCAUCACGGUGAACACCACGAGAAAGGCCACCACCACAAGGGUGAGAAACAUGGACACCACGAACACCACGAUAAGGGCGAGAAGACCGACGGAUACCACAAGAAAUACCACAAAGACCACUUCCACAAGGACCACCACUUCCACGAUGGACACCAUCACGAAGGCAAACACCACAAGCACGGACAUCACCACAAACACCACGAGGAUCACGGCGGCCACCACAAGAAGGGCGGUCAUCACCACUCCGGUCACCAUGAAGACCACUACGGCAAACACGGCCACCAUGACAAACACCACUACGACGAGGAUCACCAUGGACACAAGGGACAUCACGGACAUGAUGAACACCAUCAUCACCACCACGACCAUGGCAAGAAGGGAGGCCACGAGGACCACAAGCACUGGGGCUUCCAUCAUGGAAAGCACUAA